UGUAUAUUGUACAAGCAAUUAAGCAUUCAUGGAAGAUGAAAACAUGGGAGAAGGAGAAGAGAAGUUUGAGUAUGAAGAGGUUGUGAAAGCAACCGAGAACUUCAACCCUAAAAGGAUGAUAGGCAAAGGAAGCCAUGGAAUCGUGUACAAAGGUCUACUACCACGGACGGUGGCUGUGAAGAAAGCAUCAUCGCUAGAUUCUCUCCACCAUGAUGAUAACUCCAACAAGCUCCAAAACGAGAUUCGAGUGCUGUCAAUUCUACGUCAAAGCCCUCACGUGCUUAACCUUUUAGGCACGAGCCACGAUUCGUUCGGAAACAAGCUCAUGGUGAUGGAGCUCUUGCCAAAUGGCUCCCUCCACGACUGGCUUCACGGUUCGAGAAAACCGCCGCCGUCGUGGACGAAGCGCGUGGAAAUCGCCAUGCAGAUCGCACGCGCGGUUCAGUUUCUCCACGAAGGGAAGCCUAUGGUGAUCCACAGGGACAUCAAGUCCACCAACAUCUUAUUCGAUUCUCACAUGAACGCCAAGUUGGCGGACUUUGGACUGGCGGUUAUGGUUGGAUCGGUGGUUGAGUCACCACCGACUCAACCCGCUGGGACAAUAGGGUACAUAGAUCCGAGUUACACGAGUUCGGCAAAACUGAGCCCCAAGAACGACAUCUUCAGCUUGGGGGUUGUGUUGUUGGAGAUCAUAAGCGGGAGAAAGGUCAUAGACGUGUCGAAAACGCCGGCGUCGAUCGUGGAAUGGGCGGUUCCGUUGAUUGAGAGGGAGGUUGUGGAAGAGAUUUGUGACGGGAGAGUGGCGGUGCCGGCGUACAUGGCGGGUGGAGUGGGUGAGAUAGUGCGGUUGGGUGGACGGUGCGUGUCGGAGAAGGAAGAGGAUCGUCCGUGUGCUCGGGAGGUGGUUAUGAGAAUAACGGACGUAGCGGAGCGUGUGAGGUACCCGUUUUGGAGAAGCGUGUUAAUGAGGAGCAUCGCCGGCAUGGUGGGAUUCACGAGAAAUAAGAGGAGCAAGUUGUUGCUCAAUACUACUUCUUCUCACAACACGUCUUCCGUCAUCACCGUUAAGCAAGUUUUAUCGGUCUGGGAUUGACUGCA